ACCCGUCUCCUUCCUUGUCCUCCUCGUUUGUAGCAUCCCUUGAAUGCUCAGCUCGUCUCCCGAGUUGAACCAGCUCUUCAAAAAAAAAAAAAAACAAAAAAAAGACCCGUGUUUGUCAUUUACCAAGCGGUCUCCGUUAUCUCAGCCAUGGCUAGCUACCAUAAACCCGACGAGAAGACUUUGCAGGGUCUGAAAGACAUCGCUAACAAGCUGCGGAUCAACUCCGUCAAGGCAACGUGCGCCUCCAACUCCGGUCACCCCACCACAUGUUGCAGUGCAGCAGAGCUGAUGUCUGUGCUGUUCUUCCACACCAUGCGUUACAAAGCUGCUGACCCACGCAACCAGUGCAACGACCGCUUCGUGCUGUCUAAGGGUCAUGCUGCACCAAUCCUGUACGCUGCCUGGGCGGAGGCGGGCUUUGUGAAGGAGGCCGACCUGAUCAACCUGAGGAAGCUCGACUCUGACCUGGAGGGUCACCCCACACCUAAACUGGAGUUUGUUGACGUGGCAACGGGGUCUCUGGGACAGGGGCUUGGGGCCGCCUGCGGGAUGGCCUACACUGGGAAACACUUCGACAAGUCCAGUUACCGUGUGUACUGCAUGAUGGGUGAUGGGGAGUGUUCAGAAGGUGCUGUCUGGGAAGCCAUGGCGUUCGGUUCCCACUACAACCUGGAUAACCUGGUGGCUGUUAUCGACGUUAACCGCCUGGGACAGAGUGAACCUGCUCCUCUCAAACACGACAUGGACGUUUACCGCAAGCGCUGCGAAGCGUUCGGGUGGAACACGUAUGUGGUGGAUGGUCAUGACGUUGAGGAGCUGUGUAAAGCUCUGUGGCAGGCCCAGCAGGUGAAGGGGAAACCCACUAUGAUCCUGGCCAAGACCUUCAAGGGCAGAGGACUCAAAGGCAUUGAGGAUAUGGAGAACUGGCAUGGGAAGCCCAUGCCUAAAGACCGGGCCGAGGAGGCCAUCAAAGACUUGGCGGCUCAGAUUCAGAACCCCAACAACACCGUCUGCCCCGAGCUACCUAAAGAAGAUACCGCCCCCGCUGACCUCUCACCUAUCAGCCUGCCCUCCCCGCCCAACUACAAGAUUGGGGAUAAGGUGGCUACUCGUAAGGCGUACGGCGUGGCCCUGGCUAAACUGGGUCAGUCCAGUCCGAGGGUGGUAGCUCUGGACGCUGACAUGAAGAACUCUACCUUCUCUGAGAUGUUCCACAAGGCCUACCCUGAACGCUUCGUAGAGUGCUUCAUCGCUGAGCAGAACAUGGUGAGCGUGGCGAUUGGCUGUGCCACGAGAGACCGCACAGUGGCCUUUGCCAGCACCUUCGCUGCCUUCCUGUCCAGGGCCUACGACCACAUCAGAAUGGCCGCCGUCUCCGAGUCUAACAUCAACCUGGCUGGGUCUCACUGUGGCGUCUCCAUCGGUGAGGAUGGCCCCUCCCAGAUGGCGUUGGAGGACAUUGCUAUGUUCCGCGCUAUCCCAACAUGCACUCUGUUCUACCCCAGCGAUGGCGUGUCUGCCGAGAGGUCUGUCGAGCUGGCUGCUAACACCAAGGGAAUCUGUUUCAUCCGCAUCACCAGACCAGAACUGAAGGUGAUCUACGACCCCGACGAGAAGUUUGAGGUGGGCGUGGCCAAGGUGGUACGUCAGUCCGACAGCGACAAGGUGACUGUGAUUGGAGCUGGAGUGACUCUGCAUGAAGCUCUGACUGCUGCUGACCAGCUGGCCAGCGAGGGAGUGAACAUCCGUGUGAUUGACCCGUUCACCAUCAAGCCCCUGGAUGCCGCCACCAUCGUAUCGAGCGCCCGCGCCACCGGAGGGAGAAUCAUCACCGUGGAGGACCACUACAGAGAGGGGGGUCUGGGGGAGGCGGUGCUGUCUGCAGUAGGGGAGGAGCCUGGUAUCGUCGUGACGCGACUAGCGGUGAACCGUAUACCCCGGAGUGGAAAACCUCAGGAGUUACUCGACCUGUACGGCAUCAGCGCCAAACACAUCGUCGACACGGUGCGCCAGACGUUCGCCAACUGAGACGAUAGUCUCAUCAUUUGGGACUUCUCUUUCCCUCAAGUCUGUACACAUUUACCAACUUCAUCUUCUCCAUCCCUCCCUCCGCAGUCUGAGGGGAAAGUACCGUAAUACCCUGUAUAUAGCCUCCAAAGAGGGCUUAAACACGACUUCUCUCCUCACAUCUACCACUAGUGUUAAACAGAACAGGGCUCUCUAGCGCCCCUUGUGGCUGUAAGGCCGAGUGCAGCUCUGUCCUGCUGUGCGGUGUAGCGUCGCAGCAGAGCCGAUAGGCUAGCUCUCAGCGGAGAGGGAGGGGUCUGAGUGAUGUCUUGACCAUCCCAGAAGGGUAAUAACUCCUUACACACCUUAAUGCAGCCUCGUUCUAAUGAAUCCUCUUUCUUUUCUGCUAAACUGUAAUUGAGCAUUAAGGCCUGAGGGAGGGGUGGUAUAUGACCAGUAUACCAUG